GCCGCCGCUGGAGGCAACUCCCGCUCCCGCGCUUCGAUUGUUUGUUAUGAUCGCGGUCCGUUUUGCGGACACUCGUUGACUAUGUAAGAGCUAUUCUUUGGCAAAACACCCAUGACGUUUUCCCGUGUGCCUUCGAAGGAAUUCUGAGUAACGUAGUUCUGUAGCAGUUCUAUGUAAGCAAUCGUCCACGUGACAUCGAUCAGCUGGUCGAGCGGCAAGUUCGGUGUUUGCGAUUCAACCGCUCUGAAGUUAUCAUUCUGUGUUCGUACACCCUCUACGGCGCUUAGGACGUCUUCUUUGUCUCGUCAUGUACACUUUGUUAGGCAAGAUCGUCGCUUACUACUUAGAAAAUUGGACUUCGCUGGGCCAGGACGCGAGCUUGGACGAUGGUCAACGGCUCGGGCGUUUCACCCGGGAACCACCCACGUGGGGCACCUCGAUCGUCGGAGAAGUGACCCAUUUGAACGCCGUCGAACAGUAUGGCCUGGUCAACGGCGAGUUCUUCUUCCCCCUCGACAUGUUGCCGGGCGAGGAACUCAGCGUCGGGACCAGGGUUUCGACCCAGCUGUGCUUAAAUGAACCCAAGGUCAAGAGCAUGGCAAUCCUUCCGAGGCCGCCUCCGUCAAGUGCCGUGGCCAAGGUCACACGCGUCGGGCAGCGUUGUCUUCACCUUCUCGACUUCGCCAUGCCCGUCCACUUCGACAUUGACUAUGAGCCAGAUUUCGACGUCUGUUGUGGCGACUGGCUUCAGCUUCGGCUCAAUCCAAAGAAAGGCUGCAUCACGGGGAUGGAGCCACUGAGGUCGCGGGAAUUUACAGGGCAAAUCACCCGCAUCACCAAUGCGGGCGGUGUCGUGGAUAAUAAGGUGGCGUUCUCGGCGCACCAGUGGCCGACGGGGGCGCGCGGGCCGUGGUUGGGGCAGGGGGUGGUCUUGCGGGCCGUGGAGAGCGACCAGGGUAACCUCAGCUGGAGGGCAGUCUCCCUCGAGCCGUGGGAGGACAAAAAGAAGAAAGAGAUACCGGUGGAAUACGUGCUCAACGGUCUGCAGGCAACUGGUGAGGUUCCCGUGGGUCUCGAGGUGACGGAGGAGCUCGAUUUUGGAGUGGUGGAGCCCGGACAGAGCCGUGUUCUCAACCUCUGCAUCAGUAAUGCAACUGGCAGACCUCACCUUCUUUUGGCGUGCAAGCUUCCCAAAGGACAAGUGUCUCUGGCACAUGCCUUCCGCCCCACGCUAAUUGCUUCCGGUGACAAGCAUCUCUUGCAGUUUCUGUGCACCGCUAGUCACUUGGGGAGCAGCCGCCAGCUGCUGCUGCUGGAGUUCGAAGAGGGCUUCAGCGUGGUUCGGCAGGUGAGCGUCACGGUGGCGGACCCGCUUCAGCGGACGCUCGUGACUUCCGACGCUCGCGUGAAGAAGGUCACGCGUCGCAACGACCGAGGAGACGAACGACGUUGGACGACCGUUCCGGGCGAACGUCCCCGCACACGUACUGCCAAGCUCCCUUUGGCUCUUCCCCAUUUCCCAGUCAGCACACACCUGUGGGACCUGUCCCAGCGGGAACUGGAAGCUUCGCUGGGAAGCUGCCUGCGCAGGCCCCUGUGUCCACGGAACUAUGUGGAGAAGCUUCAACUCCUGCUUCACCUCGAAGAGAUCCAACUGAGCCGGGAACUGGAGGAGCGCGUGCUCAGUCCAGCAGAGCUAGAAGUGGACGGACCUUUGGUCCGACUGAACCUCGCUCCCUGGCUGGAGGAGGGGCGGCUACCCCCGCGUGUCGGCGACCGCGUCCUGCUCCGUCCAUGCGGCAUGGACUCUCGUAUCCGAUACGAGGGCUUCGUUCAUCAGCUUAUGUCGGAAGAGGCCCUCCUCAAGCUCAGCCCCGGCUUCAACGAAGAGCUCCAGCGAAACCCGAGCUGCGUCUGGGAGCUGCACUUUCAGCUGAACCGCACGCCGCUGAGACGCUGCCACAUGGCGGUUAGGUUGGCGCGGCCUCUGCUUGACAGCGUGCUUUUCCCGAAGGACUGGAUGGCCGCCAAAUCCCGAGCGCCGUCUGUGAAACUGGAGCUGGUGAACGGGGACCUGAACGAGCUUCAGCAGACUGCGGUGCGAGACAUCUUCGGGGGCGUGAGCGGGCAGCUUCCUUACAUCGUCUGGGGCCCGCCGGGAACGGGAAAGACGGUCACCCUGGUCGAGACCAUCCUUCAGAUAGUGCUAAACCUGAAACACAGCCGAGUGCUUGCCUGCGCACCUUCCAACAGCGCUGCUGAUUUGCUGGUGGAGAAACUCUGGAACAGUGGCAAGCUGGCUCCGUCGGACAUAGUUCGUCUGCUCGGUUUUCAGCGUGACCUUGAGUUGGUUCCAGCUGGCAUCCGCCACCUGUGCCUGAGCACGGAAUCCCUGGAGACGGCGUCACGGCGCCGCAUUGUGGUCGCCACUGUGAUCACCGCCGGAUCUCUCUACUCCCUCGGACUGCCCCCGGACCACUUCACGCAUGGAUUCCUCGAUGAGGCGGGGCAGGCCACGGAGCCAGAGUCGCUAGUGGCACUGGGACUGGUGUCGCUCGGCGGUGGCUCUUUGGUGCUGGGGGGAGAUCCACUCCAGCUCGGGCCGGUGAUUCGCUCGCGUCUGGCAACCCGGGGCGGUCUCGGAACUUCUCUCUUGGAACGGCUCGUGCUGACGAACGAGAGAUGCCCGGUUCCCGUCACGCAACUUCGAAACAGCUACCGCUGUCCCCAGGCCCUCCUGGACCCCUACUCGACGCUCUUCUACGGAGCGCUGCUCCGCAGCCAGGUCACCGACCAAGACCGGGGGCUGCUGCCAGAGUUCCCGGUGCUCUUCCACGCCGUGCGGGGCCGCGCCCAGCGGGAGGGCUCCUGCCCGUCGUGGUUCAAUGCGGCGGAGGCGGUUCAGACGGUGCGCUACCUCCAGCGUGCCUACGGUCCUUGGUGCCUGAGAGCGUGCGAGGUUGGUCUGCUGACGCCGUACAGGCGGCAGGGACUCAAGCUGCGGCUUCUCAUGGAAUCUCUGGGCCUGGCCGCCCCCAAGGUGGGCUCAGCCGAAGAAUUCCAGGGCCAAGAGCGGCGCCUGAUCGUGGUGUCGACGGUGCGGGGAAGUGAAUCCCUCGACGCCGAAAAUCCGGAGGUCUUGGAUUUCCUCUUCUGCAGCAGGCGAUUCAACGUGGCCAUCAGCCGAGCUAGUGCGAUGCUGAUCAUCGUCGGCAACCCCGAUGUCCUUGCACUGGACUCCAACUGGAAAGCAUUAAUGGAGUACUGUCGAGCACACGGAGCCUACGUUGGCUGCAACGUCUAGAAGUGGAAAAACAACCCGUCACAUAGAAAGAGGACUUCUUAAUUAUGUCUUUGAGACUACUAACUAGUCUUCGAUCAAAAAUACCACUGUGCAAGUUGGGACAAGGCCGCUGUCAAGGCCAAAUCUCGCAUCACAUAGUUCAUAUAAACAUUGCUCAUUGUCAACUGC